UGCCGUGCGUGCCGGUGGUGCAGGCCGCAGCGGCGGGUCGGUGCCGGGGCGAUGCUGGAGGAGGCGGGCGAGGUGUUGGAGUCGGUGCUGAAGGCCUCGUGCCUGCCGCUCAGCUUCCUGCUCUUCGUGCCCGCCGUGCUGCUGCUCCUGGGGCCGCCGCCCGCCGCCGAGGCCGCACACGAGUUCACGGUGUAUCGCAUGCAGCAGUACGAGCUGGGCGGGCAGCCCUACGGCACCAGGAGCGCAGUGCUGAACACAGAAGCUCGCACUGUAGAAGCGGACGUCCUGAGCCGCCGCUGCGUCAUGAUGCGGCUGGUGGACUUCUCCUAUGAGCAGUACCAGAAGGCUCUGCGCCAGUCGGCUGGUGCUGUGGUCAUCAUCCUGCCACGGUCCAUCUCUUCUGUCCCUCAGGAUGUUGUAAAGCAAUUCAUGGAGAUAGAGCCAGAAAUGCUCGCUAUGGAAACCAUUGUGCCAGUCUACUUUGCAGUGGAAGAUGAUGAGCUGCUGUCCAUCUAUGAACAAACACGGGCUGCUUCUGCAUCACAGGGUUCUGCCUCGGCUGCAGAGGUUCUGAUUCACACUGCAACUGCCAAUGGCUUCCAGAUGGUGACCAGUGGGGCGCAGAGCAAAGCUAUCCACGACUGGCUUAUACCCAGCGUGGAGGGAAGGCUGACAGGGCUGGGUGGAGAAGACCUGCCCACUGUUGUGAUAGUUGCCCACUACGAUUCUUUUGGAGUGGCUCCAUGGCUGUCUCACGGUGCUGAUUCCAAUGGCAGCGGUGUCUCAGUGUUACUGGAACUAGCCAGGCUGUUUUCUCGGCUCUACACCUACAGACGUACCCAUGCUGGGUACAACUUGCUGUUCUUUGCAUCUGGAGGUGGCAAGUUUAAUUAUCAAGGAACUAAGAGGUGGCUGGAGGACAAUUUGGACCAUACUGAUUCCAGCCUCUUGCAGGACAAUGUAGCGUUUGUUCUCUGCCUUGACACUCUUGGCCAAGGCAACAGCCUUCAUCUUCAUGUCUCAAAGCCUCCCAAGGAGGGGACCUUGCAGCACGCGUUUCUGAGAGAACUGGAGAUGGUUGUUGCCAGCCAGUUCCCAGAGGUGAAGUUUUCCAUGGUGCACAAGAAGAUAAACCUGGCUGAAGACAUGCUGGCAUGGGAACACGAGCGCUUUGCGAUCCGCCGCUUGCCAGCGUUCACCAUCUCCCAUCUGGAGAGCCAUCGGGACAGCCUGCGCAACAGCAUCAUGGACAGGAGGUCGCAAGUGGACACGAAGGCACUAACCAGGAAUACCAGGAUCAUUGCUGAGGCUUUGACAAGGGUCAUCUACAACCUAACAGAGAAGGGAGCACCUGCAGAUCUGCAGAUCUUCACGGAUCAGAUGCAGAUCCAGGAAGAGCAGCUAGAAUCAGUGAUGGACUGGCUGAGCAGUCAGCCCAGAGCUGCUCAGCUGAUUGACAAAGACAGCACCUUUCUCAGCACCUUAGAAUAUUAUAUGGGUCGCUACCUGAAAGAUGUCAGACAGCAUCAUGUGAAGGCAGACAAACGGGAUCCUGAGUUUGUUUUCUAUGACCAGCUGAAACAGGUGAUGAAUGCAUACAGGGUCAAGCCAGCAAUCUUUGACCUGCUUCUGGCCGUCUGUAUAGCAGCCUACCUUGGUGUCGCCUACAUUGCAGUGCAGAACUUCGGUCUCCUUUAUAGGAUGGUACAGAGAUUAUCCCUUAAAACCAAGCAGCAGUGAAGUGACAAGACGUCCUGUGUACAGCAGCACUGAGCCAUCGGUGAGCCCUUCAGGAACCUUCUGCCUUCCAUUGAAUCCUGCUGCUUCUCUUCCUCUCUCUCCUCUUUGCUGUCCAAGAGAGGAGGGGAAGGCAGAAAGAAAACACAAUUUCAACUCCUAGGCACCUUUUAGGCGCUUUUGUUCCCUUCCCCUGCACCAGGUUUGUUUUCCUUUGCUUGUUCCUUUUUUUGCAAGGGAAAAGCUCAGAGACUUUUGUAGUUCCUGCAAGUUGUUUAAACACUGAACAGCUGACACUGAGCAGCUUCUGUGAAUAUAAACCCGAGUCCUGCACCUUCAUGGACAUGUGUGCCAUACAGCCAACUGGGAAGCUGAAACUACAGAGCAGAUGUGUUGUCUCUGCCCAGCAAACCAAGGACUCGGAGCACUUGCUUAGAAGAAAAUAUGCACACGCUAAUUAAAGAGAGUACUAUUAGCAUGUUUUCUUAUGGUACCUCUUCUGAAGUUUCCUGCCUGGCUUUAGGGAGGUGUGCUGAGCAAGCAGUGUGUCUAGCAAGCAUCCUUAUGCAAUUUGUUUAGACAGUGCAAUAACUCAUUCCCUUUUCUUGGAGGUACACUGUAAACAGUCUUGACUGUUAUAGAGGGGAUGAAGAAAGCUUGUUGAAACGGGUUCCUGCAGAAGGGUUCUUACGGGACACGCUGUCCUGCCCCUGUUGGGGGAUGCAUUUUGCUUUGUACUUGAUUUCUCUCAAAGUUUGUCCUUGGACAGAUUGCUGCUGCCACCAUGUGCUAAACUCCUGCUUGGUUUUUCAAGGCGUUCUACAGCCUCAAAUGCUGCAGGAUCACGUUCUGGGCUGUUUCAUGUCUUUAGGCAUUAAUAGGAAAAACAGCCUGGCUCCUGCUGAGCUCUGAUUGAUCUCCGUUCCUCAGUUUGUGCUUUCAAAUGGGUUCUGGAUUUUGGGGCUAUAUUUGUGUCCAUGUGCAUCUCAGGGUUUCAUUUCAUGUUUUUCAGCUCUGUUAGUUCUGAAAACGCUGUUCUUGACCUGCAUGUAUAAGCAAACUCCCAAAGUGCUUGCUGCUGCCUCCCUUCACACUCCACCCCCAGUAUGUAAGAAGGGAGGCAAGACGCUUGGCCAUUAAAACACCAAGCCACCAAUCACAAAAAAACCCCA